AUGGCAUCAUUUAUCCGCCAAUUCACCUCUUCCCCGGUACCGCCUAUAGCAUCUUCCACUUCCACCUCAUUCACUGAUAUUCCCAUCCCAUCUUCUUUCAUUAUUUCUAAUUCGAAGUCUGCAACCUGGUUGUAUACAACCGUUGCCAUCGUCGGUGCUCUCCUAGUCCUUGAACAGUCCGUUUAUAGAUUCAAGAAAAAGCAUUUGCCUGGCGACUCAUGGACAAUUCCAAUUAUUGGAAAGUUUGCAGACUCCAUGAAACCAACCAUGGAGGGCUACAUCAGACAAUGGAACUCUGGCGCGUUGAGUGCUGUAAGCGUGUUUAACAUUUUCAUUGUCAUGGCUUCAUCUAAUGAGUAUGCGCGGAAAAUCCUAAACUCUCCCGCCCAUGCUGAGCCUUGCCUUGUGCACUCAGCAAAGCAAAUUCUCAUGCCCGACAGUUGGGUCUUCCUAAAUGGGAAAUCUCACGUCGAAUAUCGCAAAGUCCUGAAUACUUUAUUUACCCGUAAAGCUCUCAGUAUCUAUAUUGGUAUUCAGGACGCAAUUGCUCGCAAGCACUUCAGUCAAUGGCUUACAGACGCGCAGAAAGAUCCUUCGCCACAGUCAAUUAUGAUGACCGCCCGUAACCUCAACAUGAUCACUUCCCUUCGUGUUUUCUGCGGCAAUCACAUCCCCGAGCAUGGUGCUAUUGAGAUCAGCGAGAAAUACUGGGACAUCACGCAAGCUCUCGAACUCGUCAACUUCCCUUUGGCUAUCCCUGGUACAAAAGUGUACAGAGCUAUACAAGCCCGCAAAGUUGCCAUCAAGUGGCUGGAGCUUGCUGCAUCCAAGGCCAAAACCGCCAUCGCUAAUGGCUGCGAACCUGAAUGCAUGCUUGACGAAUGGGUCAAGGAGUUGGAGGCCCCAGGAUACAAGGGUCGUAAGGAUUUCAGCGACCGUGAGAUGGCUAUGGUUGUGUUCUCGUUCUUGUUUGCGUCGCAGGAUGCCAUGAGUAGUGGGUUGAUUUAUGGGUUCCAGCACUUAGCAGACCAUCCCGACAUUUUGGCCAAAAUCAGGGAAGAACAGUACCGCGUUCGCGCCGGAGACGUCGAAAAACCAAUCACCCUUGAAAUGCUCGACCAAAUGCCAUACUUAAAGGCGUUUGUCAAGGAAAGUAUGCGUGUCAAGCCUCCCGUAACCAUGGUUCCCUACAGGACGACAAAGGCUUUCCCUAUCUCUAAUGAUUAUGUUGUUCCCGUAAAUAGCAUGGUGAUACCCUCAUUCUACAACUCCCUGCACGACCCCUCUGUUUUCCCCGAUCAUGACGAGCUCAUCCCUGACCGUUGGCUCGAUCCCAACAGCUCCGCCAACACAAACCCGAGGAACUACUUGGUCUUUGGUAGCGGUCCUCACAAAUGCGUUGGUAUAGAGUACGCGACGAUGAACAUCGGACUGGUUCUUGCCACCGCGAGCGUGUUGAUGGACUGGGAGCACCAUAUCACACCCGAAAGCGAUAAAGUCCAGAUCAUCGCAACUUUGUUCCCUAAAGACGGAUGCCUCAUGAAAUUUACCCCUCGUCCACGACCUUGA